CCGGCCAGUAAGUGGGUUUGUUGACGGCAGGAGCGCGUGGCUGAGCUUUACCUCAUUGGUCCGUGUUUAUUAAACUUCCUCCGGGGGAGCCUCGGAGAGAAUCUGCACGUCCUUCAGCGCGUCGCCCGCGUUUUUCCUUUCGUCCGAGUGGACGUUUUUAAGGGAAUUGUGUCGAGUCAAAUUGAGGAGAACGGCGCUUCGUGCUACGGGAGCGCAAUGCUGGCCGCUCCGUGUGCUCACUGAACGUGGAGGACGUGUGAGGACGUGUGUUGCAAAGCUUUUGUUAGUGGUUUCUAACAGGCAGCAGCAGCAUGGCAGGCGACACGGUGGUCUGGAGGAGCCUCAAAUGGGUGAAGCAGGCGGCCAGCAGAGCCUCACCAGGCGGCCUAACUGGCACCGGGAACCAGAGGCUGGUAAACUUUCAUCACGCCACUGGAUCGGCAAGGGAAAAGUCCAACAACCAAAAAGACGUUUGCGUCCACAGAGCCGCUGUGGUGACGUUUCACAGAUACUCGACUAUGGCUGCUUGUUUCACGGGAACUGCAAAUGAUGGCGAUACUAAACGUCUGAGAUACCACAGGGACUGGUCAAGUCGGCUGUUCUCUGGACAUACGAGGCUAUUUAACCAGGACAACACCACAGUGGGGCGGUUGACGCCGGAGGAUAUCGAAAAAGCAAGAAAUAACAAGAAAAGGGACUUUAAGCAGCAUACACAAGUGCUGAGUGAAAAAGCUCGAGAGAGGAAGGUGCCCGUCACACGGAUAGGAAGGCUAGUAAACUUUGGAGGUCUGGCAGUUGGACUCGGCAUUGGAGCAAUUGCUGAAGUGGUCAAGAAGAGUUUAAAACCCAAAGAACAAGGUAACAAAAAGGCUAUAAUGGAUUCAAAUGCCUUCCUCUCUGAAGCCAACGCUCAAAGAAUCGUCCGGACACUUUGCAAAGUUCGAGGUGCUGCCCUAAAAAUUGGACAGAUGCUCAGUAUUCAAGAUGAUGCCUUUAUCAACCCUCAGCUCGCUAAAAUCUUUGAGCGAGUUCGACAGAGUGCAGACUUCAUGCCUACUAAGCAGAUGAUGAACGUCAUUAGCAGUGAUCUUGGCCCAAACUGGAGGGACAAACUGGAAUACUUUGAGGAGAGGCCGUUUGCAGCCGCGUCCAUUGGUCAGGUCCAUUUAGCAAAGAUGAAGGACGGCAGGGAGGUAGCCAUGAAGAUUCAGUACCCUGGAAUAGCCAAGAGUAUUGAGAGUGAUGUGAACAAUAUCAUGACUGCUCUGAGGUUAAGCAAUGCGCUGCCUGAAGGCUUGUUUCCUGAGCAUCUCAUUGAGGUCAUGAGUCGAGAGCUAGCGUUGGAGUGUGAUUACAUAAGGGAAGCAAACUGUGCCAGAAAAUUUCAAGAGCUGCUGAAGGAUCAUCCCUUCUUCUGUGUGCCUGAAGUGAUAGACGAGCUGUGCAACAAGCAAGUCCUCACCACAACACUGGUGCCUGGUUUCCCCCUGGACAAGGCCACACACCUCCCUCAGGAACUCAGGAAUGAGAUUUGUGAGCAAAUCCUUAUUUUAUGCGUGAGGGAGCUUUUUGAGUUCAGAUUCAUGCAGACUGAUCCGAACUGGUCCAACUUCUUCUUUGAUCCAGAAACUCAUAAGGUGGCACUGUUGGAUUUUGGAGCUACACGAGGAUUUAAUAAGAGUUUUACUGAUACCUACAUUGAGAUUAUAAAAGCAGCUGCAGGUCAGGACAGAGAAGGUGUCCUGCUCAAAUCCAGAGAAAUGAAGUUCCUCACAGGAUACGAGUCAAAGGCGAUGGAAAAUGCCCACGUGGAUGCGGUGAUGAUCCUCGGGGAGGCCUUCAACUCAGAAAAGCCCUUUGACUUUGGAACGCAGAGCACCACCGAGCGCAUCCACAGUCUCAUCCCAGUGAUGCUGAGAGAGCGGCUCACCCCGCCGCCUGAGGAAACCUACUCCCUCCACAGAAAGAUGGGGGGCUCCUUUCUCAUUUGCUCGAAACUCAAAGCUAAAAUUGCUUGCAAGAACAUGUUCCAGGAGGCCUACAGAAACUACAGGAAAGAUGGAUGCCCUGGAUCCACACAUUGAAGACUGCUUUUCCAGAAAGCAUGUUCAAACCAGGAAUUUUUUCAUAUUGAACAAUUCUUAUCUGCAGAUUUUUGGGCUUUUUGGGACAGAAAGCCUUUUGUUACCUGAUAUACUGUUAACUACCUAGAUUUGUUUGUUUUUUACUCUUCUUUAACUAAACUGCUACCAGUACAUUAAAAAAAAUAAAAAAAAAACAAAAAAUGCAUAUCUGAAUAAUCUCUACCUAUUAGGAUCGAUUUCAUAUCUGUGUGUUACACAUUUAAUUGCUUGCUUUGACUUGUACUUCCAUCUAUACUAACUCUUGUUAUACCGUCCUUAAUAAUGUGCUAAGACUAUUUGUAUGGAUUGUUUGAACAAAUUUGUACCUCAUAAUUAUGUGCCUGUAUGAUCUGAGGAAGUGUACUUCAUCUGACCAGGAUUGUCAGUUGAAAUAAAUUGACGCUGAUGCUGCAAAAAAAAAAAAUCAAAUAUGUCCUACUCGGCACUGGGGAUGCAUAG